GCAGUUCUGCUAUUUCAAUAUGGCGAGAAGUUACUGCCGAUGCGUAGGAUAGUGCUGUUAGGGCCCUACAGUGUGUGCUAUUUGAUCGUAGCGAAAAGAACCCAAUUUUCAUCGCGAUUAAAAAUGUCGGGUUUCGUAUCAAAAAAUCAGCGUUUGCGCAAAGUAUUACUUUCUUGCUUCCGCCACAAGAAUAGCGGAGACUUGCGGGAGGUAUGCUCUAUCUGAAACAACUUGGAGAGAUUGGUUUAGACGGUUCAGAGACAACGAUUUUGACUGCCGCGUUAGGAUUAGGCCAGGCCGCGCGAGCCCUUUCUUCCUCGGAUCUGGAAUCUGCAUUUCGUCCAGGAACAGACAGAUUAAAAUUCUGCUACCGUAUGGUCACGAUAUCCACGAUGCCCGAUGAAUGAGAUCCAUUGUUGAAUACAUACAGUAGGUGACAGGGAAAGAGGAUAGCGGCUGUAAUCGACACCGAACACGAUGCAACGGCCAGUAAAAGUUAUCUAACUAUAUCUCCCAUUGAAGCAUUGCCAACUCGUGUCUUCUUUCUUUAAUGUCGACAGGCUCCGACGAAGGAAGAGGAGCUGAGGGGCAGCUUGCUGCUGCUCGUGCCUGUCGAGCUUAUCGGCUAGAGCCACGUUAUCGGCCACCGCACGAAGAAUCGCGCACAAAAUUGAAACGACCACGAAUCCGAAGCCGAAAGCUUAUAUAAAACGUUUAGAUUCGAACGGCGACUCAAAGUCAGCCGUACGUUACAAUCUAACGGUUAAGAUCGCCGACGUCGAACCACAUUCGAGCCACACAAUGGUCGCCACCGUAAUACUGGUAUUGUUGAUCGUCAUUUUCAUGCUGUUCUCCACAUUUACCAGGUUGAAAAUGGAGAAUCAUCCCCCAGGUCCCUUUUCCUGGCCGAUCAUCGGCAACCAAUUCUUACUGAACCAAUUAUGCGUGAAAUAUGGUGGGUUGCAUUUGGCAACGAUCGAGCUUUGCAAGCAAUACCGCAGCGACGCGAUAACCUUGUACCUUGGUAUGAACAAGAUGGUGGUUGUUUCUGGAGUCAAACUAGUCACGGCGGUAAUAAAUCGCGGAGAAUUCGAAGGCCGACCCUUCGACGAGUUUAUCAAGAUACGCACGUUCGGAAAGAAGCAAGGGAUCACGAUGAAUGAUGGGCCCGCGUGGAAAGAACUGAGUAGCUGGAUGAUCCAUACUCUGACGGAUUUCGGUUACGGCAAACGCCCGAUGAUAGACAUGAUCACGGACGAGCUGGACGCGAUCCUGGAGAACCUGAAGGGCGGAGGUGUGAGAACAUUGAAGCCAAUAGUCGCGCCUGCCACAUUAAACGUCCUCUGGCAAUUCACGAUGGGCAAACACUUCAACAUGGGUCCAAGAUUAGAGUACUUUAUCGACAUGAUGGACCGUCGGUCGCGUAUGUUCGACGUAACCGGUGGAGCUCUCUCCUCUUUCCCUUGGCUCCGUUACGUUGCACCUGAGGCCUCUGGUUACAAGCUUCUUGUAACGCUGAACGACGAGCUUAAGAACUUCUUUAUGGAAACCUUAAUGGAACACAAGAAGAACUAUGUUCCUGGAAAGGUGACGGACAUAAUCGAUAAAUUCAUGUCGGAGAUGAUGAAGAACCGAGCCGACGACACAGUUUACACGGAAGACCAAUUGAUGGUGAUACUAAUGGAUUUCUUCAUCGCGGCCUUCACGACCACCGCGACGGUGCUCGAGUUCCUAUUCCUUUAUAUGAUAAUACAUCAGGACGUGCAGCGGAAGCUACAAAAAGAAAUCGACUCGGCGAUUCCACCGGAUAGACUUCCUGACACAGCGGACAGAUUGAAGUUGCCGUAUGCGGAGGCGAUAAUUAGCGAGACGAUGCGUAUGUGGCCAGUGUUCCCAUUGAUCGGUCCGCGGCGAGUUCUCUGCGACACGGAGCUCGGAAAUUACAGAAUACCGAAGGAAACAACAAUCCUGAUCAACAAUUAUUCGGUGAACAGAGAUCCGGAAUUGUAUCCCGAGCCGGACAAAUUUAAGCCGGAAAGGCACAUCAAGAACGGGGCCUACGAACCCGACAUGAACUCCAUAAUUUUCGGGAAAGGAAGAAGGAAAUGUCCAGGCGCGAUUCUGGCCAAGACUGCGACGUUCGUCAUCUUCGUCGGCGUGAUGCAGAGGUUCACUUUACUUCCUGUCCCUGGCAAAGAACCGAAAUCCAUAGAAAUUAUACCUGGUCUUGCGAUUACGCCGAAACCUUACGAUGUGCUACUGGUACCACGAUAAUGCUUGUCUGAUAAAAUAUAGCAUAUUUACCUUCCAAGAAAC